UCCUCUCUGCGCAGCUUAAAUCUUGCAUUGAUAUUUGAAGAAAACUAAAGUAGAUCAUUCAGUUUCUUUCCCAGGAUCAUCUGGACCAGUAUUCAACUCUAUGAUGGAUCUUGAGUGCAAUGAAGCCUUUGGUGAAGUCCAUGGAAUUCCAAUGUAUAAAGACUUUGUCAAAUAUUGGGAUGAUGUGGAAACAUUCCAAGCAAGGCCAGAUGAUCUUGUCAUUGUCACCUAUCCUAAGUCUGGCACAACAUGGAUUAGUGAGAUUGUAUACAUGAUUUACAAAGAGGGCGAUGUGGAAAAAUGCAAAGAAGAUGCAAUUUUUAAUCGAGUACCUUACUUGGAAUGCAGAAAAGAAGAGAAGCUGAAUGGAGUAAAACAGCUGGAAGAGAUGGACUCUCCCAGAAUAGUGAAGACGCACCUGCCACCUGCGCUGCUUCCAGUCUCCUUCUGGGAAAAUAACUGUAAGAUGAUCUACCUUGGCCGGAACGCCAAGGAUGUGGCUACUUCAUACUAUUACUUCUUUCUGAUGGUAACUGAAUAUCCAGAUCCUGACUCUUUUUCAAACUUUGUAGAGAGAUUCAUGGAAGGACAAGUUCCAUAUGGCUCCUGGUAUGAUCAUGUAAAAGCAUGGUGGGAGAAGAGAAACAACCCACAGAUGCUAUUUGUUUUCUAUGAAGACAUGAAAGAGGAUAUCAGGAAAGAAGUCAUGAAGUUGAUGAAGUUCCUGGGGAGAAAGCCAUCAGAGGAACUUGUGGACAAGAUUAUAAAACAUACUUCAUUCCAGGAGAUGAAGAACAAUCCAGCUACCAAUUAUACAAUGUUACCAGAAGACAUGAUGAACCAAACAGUGUCACCAUUCAUGAGAAAGGGAAUUUCAGGAGACUGGAAAAACCACUUUACAGUAGCCAUGAAUGAGAGAUUUGAUGCACACUAUGAGCAGCAAAUGAAGGAGUCUACAUUGAAGUUUCGCACUGAGAUCUGAGAAGGGUUUCCUUUAUGUAAUAUGGAUGCUUCUCCUCAUCAUUCUUCACUUUUUCUUAUUUUAGACUUCAAGAGAAGAAAAACAUUGUGAAGAAUCAUGGCUCAAGAUCACAUAUUUGUUGGGUUAUUUAUAAAGAGGAGAAAUGCUUUAUUUUGUUAUAUCUUUUCUUGUUAUCCAUUCCUUCUAUCUCCUUUUCAACUUAUAUUACACAAAAUGAUAAUGUAUCAGAAUGAUACAGAGCACACAGAUAAUUAAGAUAGUUAAAAAUGUACAAGAAAUAAACAUUUCAAACUGCC